AUGGAUAAAAAUACAUUUUUUCUUUUACCAAAGUUAUCCCAAAACAUGCUGGAAAUUUUGGAAGAUGAUGAAUAUUAUGAUAUAACUAUUGAAGUUGAUUUCAGCAAAUUUAUAUUUUCUACCUCUAGAUACAUUUAUAGCGGAAGACUUUCUUUGGAAGGGUUUGAUGCUUCGGAAAUUGUUAAAACCUUGGUUAUCGCUAAUGAAUUAGGUCUUCAAGAAUUAAUCACCUAUUUACAAUCUAUUUUGAUUGAUAACAAUGAAAAAUGGUCGGAUGAAGGUUUACAUCUGCAUGCUACAUAUAAUCGGAUGCAUUAUGGUCCUGGAUUUGGUUAUUCAGAUCUUUACAUAAGUUCUUUAUAUGGUGCUAAUAGAUGUGUCAUGUCUGAUUAUGAGAAGCCUAUCAGAGAAACUAAUGUUAGCUUUAAUGUAGAGAUUUGUGAAAUAUUUUUACUCACAAAAAAUUGA